AUGAACUCUAGCACAAAAGCAGCCUCCAUAUCCGUACCGAUUAUCCCAGAAACUGCUCCAUGCAUUGACCAACAAAACGAUGUUCUUCUGCCGGUAUUUGGUGAGUGCAGCCAAUUCUAUGGAUGUAAACAUGGGAAAGCUACUUUGAUAAAUUGCCAGGAAGGUUUAUUCUUUGAUGCCGAAACCAAGAACUGCACCGAGGCUUCGAAAUCAAACUGUGUCCAAGAACAAUUAUUAUCGGUAUCGAGUAAUAACAAUUCUGAAAUCAAGCCAACAUCAGAAAAUCCAGAAAUUGAGGAAAUUCCAAAAUACAUUUGCUUGGGCAAGGCUAUUGGAUCUUUGGUGCCUUCUCGAACCAAUUGUAGUGAAUACUAUUCCUGUAUCAGCAGUCAUCCUAAUCUGAUGACAUGUGGCAUGUCAAUGGAUUUCGAUUCAUAUUCUCAAAAAUGCAUUCCAUCCGAGCUAUCAAGCUGUGUGAUAAAGGAGAAAGUUCAUUUAACAACAACUCGAAAACCGAAACUUAUUGAAACCGUUUGUAAGGGAAUGUUUGAUGGUGAAAAGUUUCCAGUUCCUGGUAAUUGUUCGAAGUAUUUUGAUUGUCUUGGUCAUAAAGCUUAUGAGAAGUCGUGUGGAGACAAACAUUUUUAUCCGAUUAGCAGGACAUGUAUUGAUCCGGAUGUUUCAGAAUGUUUUGAAGGAAAUGUUCGAGUAAAAUCAGUAUCCACCGAAUCCAAUGAGGAUAGUGGAAAUUUGGAUGAAGAUGAUGUCAAGAAAAUGACAGAUGGCGAUAAAUAUGCUGCAAGUAGAAAUGAUACAGUUCGAAUGAGUUAUACCAAAGGAGUAUGA